AAGCCACUUGUUUCUUCCAAAGAGCAAAAAUGGCAACCUGCUUCUUCUCUUUUCCAAAUUCCUUCCCUUCUAAACCCAAAUCCCACAAAAGACCCAUCCAUUCUUCUUCCCUCACAUCUCAAUCCCAAAAAACCCAUCUUCUCAACCUGAUUUCAGACCAAGAACGUGGUCUCAGGACUCAAUCUGACCCCCAAAAGCUUUCACAAAUAAUCCAGGCUAUUGAUGAUUUGGGUUCCAUUGGACGUGACACUGUAACUACUGGAAGUUCCCUUUCGGCCACUUGGCGUUUGCUUUGGACUACCGAGAAAGAGCAGCUUUAUAUUAUUAAGAAUGCCCCCUUUUUUGGUACUAAAGCUGGUGAUGUUCUUCAGGUUAUUGAUGUUGUGAAUAAAACUCUUAACAAUGUGAUUACUUUCCCACCUGAUGGGGUUUUCUUUGUUCGGUCUACUAUUGAAGUUGCAUCUUCUCAGCGUGUGAAUUUCAGAUUCACAAGUGCAGUUCUGCGUGGAAAAAAUUGGGAAUUUCCUCUACCUCCAUUUGGACAAGGGUGGUUUGAGACUGUGUACCUUGAUGAUGAUAUUCGAGUAGUCAAAGAUAUCAGGCAAGACUACCUGAUUGUUGAACGUGCUCCUUAUACUUGGAAAGAAUGAUUGUCGGAUUUGUCUUCCGCUAUCUCUGUACAUAAAUUUUACUGUAAGUUUCUUUCUUUGAACUCUCAUCUUCAUGCUGAUAUAACUGGAGAGAUUAUGUUUCCUAUAAUUUUUAUCCUUGUUCUGAAUGUAUAGGUGCUGUACCAUCCUCUUUGUAACCAUGAUUUUUGUAAUGUUAAGCGGAGACAUUUAAUUUAUUGUCAUAAGACUGAGUCACUAAUGAGGCAGAAUUUGUACCUUCAAUUAUGUGAAAUA